AGUCAGACUAUUUCUGUGCAAGUGGCAUCCUUCAGGAAGUGGGGUCCUGAGCCUGCGCCAUAUAACAGACGUUCACAUCAACUGUAGAGCAGCAGUGAAAGACAUGGUGGUUUGACUACAACACGUGAUGAAACCUACUUCCUCUAAAAGGAAGACUUACACUCUUUCUCUCUUUCUCUUUUUGUGAUCUGUGACAGAUUGAUAUGAUAGAGGCAUGGCGGGGACGAGAAUCAGCAAUCUUCAGAAUGUAGGGAAACAGCCGCCUCUGAUUCUGCCCCACCAGUUGACCGGAGCAGCACAAGGUACAGUCCAGAUGCGCAUCAAGAGCUCUCAGAACAGUGGGGAACGCCUGAGUCAAACCAAGUCCAUGGUCCUGCAGGAUCCUGACCUGCCUCCCAAACCUAUUUCUCGCCACCGGAGGAACCAGUCUCAGCAUAACAUUGGUGGAGCUGGAGCUGCAGACACUCUUGUUGUUUUGAAAGGUGAAUAUUUGAAUAAAGCCAAAAUAUCAGAUGGAGGCAAAAAACUGAGGAAGAACUGGACUUCAACUUGGGUAGUCCUGGAGACUGAUAAACUUCUGUUUUAUAAAGAGAGCAAGCAAGAAGCCCUGACGAAUUUGAAACCUGGAUGCAGCCCUGAUGGGGUGGAUCUCUGUGGGGCCGUGGUUGAAUGGACAACAGAGAGGUCCAGCCGGAAGAACGUGGUUCAGAUAACAACCAGCUCUGGCAGUGAGUUCCUUCUCCAGGCCGACAAUUACCCCACAAUAUGUAAAUGGCAUGAUGCUAUUAAAAGCACAGCUGACAACUUGUCUAAGGGAGCUGGAGGACAGGCCUCUGGCAAGCCUGGCAUACAGAACGCAAACAGCACAGAGUACCUACCCAGACAUGGGUUGCCUAGCAAGACACUGUCACUGCCAAGACCUGCACCUGAUUCCCCCUGCACAAAGGAACCUGAACACAGACGCUCACUCAUUUUCAAGUCUUCCAAGCUCAACUACAGCAUGUCGGACAGUGCUGAUAAGAAUGGAGUGAAGAACAGACUCAAAAAGUUCAUCUCAAGACGGCCCUCUAUGAAGACUCUACAGGAGAAAGGCAUCAUCAAAGAUCGAGUGUUUGGGUGUCACUUGUUGGCACUUUGCGAGCGGGAAGGGACCACUGUGCCAAAGUUCGUCAGGCAGUGUGUGGAGGCCGUUGAAAAAAGAGGUUUAGAGGCUGAUGGCAUCUACAGAGUGAGUGGUAAUCUUGCCACCAUCCAGAAGUUACGAUUCUUGGUUGACCAAGAGGAGGAGUUUAACCUGGACGACAGCCAAUGGGAGGACAUCAACGUCGUCACCGGGGCACUCAAGAUGUUUUUCCGGGAGCUGCCAGAGCCCCUGUUCCCCUUCCCAUUAUUUGAGCUGUUUGUGGAGGCCAUCAAGAAGAAGGAUGGCAAGCAGAAGGUGCAGGUGAUGAAGAAGCUGGUACUUCAGCUCCCUAAACCCAACCAGGACACCAUGAGAGUACUCUUCAGACACCUGCAGAAGAUUCUGACGUGUUCGCGGAAGAACCUGAUGUCGACCCAAGGCAUCAGCAUCGUGUUUGGUCCGACACUCAUGUGGCCUGAGCUGGACUGUGGGAACAUGGCGGUCAACAUGGUAUAUCAGAACCAGAUAGUGGAGUUCAUCCUCAUUGAGAGCCAAGAGAUCUUCGGCCUGGAGAAGAAGUGAUAAGGGCAUUUUAUGUACAGCAAUGGAUGGAUUCAUGAACAGACAAGAGGACUUAUUGUGCCUAAAGCUUGGAGCUAGUUACAUUUACAUUUUAGUCAUUUAGCAGACGCUCUUAUCCAGAGCGACUUACAGGAGCAAUUAGGGUUAAGU